AUGAAUGAAGAGAGACGAGAUGGAAAGCAACCAGAGGGUUCAGGAGAACCGGCUGUCCAGCAAAUCAACCUCAACCAAGUUCAAUUUGAGGCUAUGAUGGCUGAGAUAACCAGAAGAAUGCAAAAUACUUACAACCUUGCACAACAAGCUAAUGAAAACUUACCUGGUGUUAAUGCAGGGCAAGAGAGGGAUGCGGUUGCUGCUGGAGCUCAGAGAGCACGCAUUGGACCUAUAAGAGGGCCACGAGUUGAGAUUGGGGGUCGUGGGGUUUAUGGAGAACAUUAUCAAGAAGAUUCAACUGAUGAAAGUGAUGAUGGAUCUCAGGCUAGUCAGCAUGGUAGAAACUACAACCGUAGGCGACCAGCUACUGAUAACCUAGGCAAUCUCAAGCUUAGAAUCCCUCCAUUCCAUGGGAAGAAUGAUCCUGAUGCUUACUUAGAGUGGGAGAAGAAGAUUGAACUGGUUUUCAAUUGCCAGCAGCUCACUGAGGAGAGAAAAGUGAGACUAGCAGCUACUGAAUUCUGUGGAUAUGCUAUUAGCUGGUGGGAUCAGAUUGCUACUACCAGGAGACGCAAUGGAGAGCCUCAAGUAGCUUCCUGGUUUGAGAUGAAAACUGUGAUGAAGAAGAGAUUUGUUCCUAAUCACUAUGGAAGAGAUCUACACCAGAAGUUGAGAAGGCUUUCUCAAGGGUCUAAGAGUGUAGAGGACUAUCACCAGGAGAUGGAAACACUCAUGUUAAAAGCUGAUUUAGAAGAAGGUGUAGAAGCUACUAUGGCUAGAUUCCAAGGAGGUCUUAACAGAGAUAUACAAGAUAGGUUGGAGCUACAAGAGUAUGAGGACAUGGAUGAACUGCUACAUAAGGCUAUUUUGAUUGAGCAGCAGAACAAGAGGAAGAGCUCUACCCGGUCUUCAUACACUCCUGCUUCAAAACCGGCCUACUCCAAGGAAGAUAAGCCAGGGGAUAAGUCCAAGGACGGUUCUUCUUCAGUAGAGACCAAGAGAGAUGACAAGGGUAAAGGAGUAGCCACAUCUACUAAGACCAGGAACAUUAAGUGUUUCAAGUGUCAUGGCUUUGGUCACUAUGCUAAUGAGUGCACCAACAAGAAGGUGAUGACUAUCUUAGCCAACGGGGAGGUGAUAUCUGAAGAGGAGGACGCCGACCAAGAGUCAGAUGAGGAAGGCGUGGAGUACCCUGUCCGUGGAGAGCUACUAGUCACCAGGAGACUUCUCAAUGCUCAACCUAAAGCCAAAGAAGAUGAGCAAAGGGAAAACUUGUUCCACACCAGAUGUUUGGUUCAAGAAAAGCCAGAGCUCUCAAAUCUCACAGGCAGCUGUACUAAUGUAGCAAGUGCUGAGUUGGUGGAGAAGUUGGGUCUUCAAGUGUUUAAACAUCCUAAACCAUAUCUCUUGCAAUGGAUCAAUGAUGAGGGUGGAUUAAAGAUCACCAAACAAGUGAAGGUCUUGCUAUCAGUGGGAAAGUACCAGGAUGAGAUCACUUGUGAUGUAGCACGCCUUGAAGCUAGCCACAUCCUUCUUGGUCGUCCAUGGCAGUAUGAUAAGAGAUCAGUACAUGAUGGCUUCACCAACAGAUACACUUUUAUCCAUAAGGAGAAACAAGUUACCCUGGCGCCAAUGACCCCUCAGGAGGUACACCAGGAUCAGAUGCAUCUCAAAAUGAAGAGAGGAGAGUCCAAGGCCGCCAGCAAGUCCUUGCUUCUUGAAGAGACCAGCCAGGAAUUGUUGAGCUCUACUACUAACCCUGCUCCUGAGAUUCCAGAGGAGAUUGAGUGCCUUUUGCAGGAGUAUAGAGAUGUGUUCCCAAAGGACAAUCCAAUAGCAUACAGGACCAACCCUGUGGAAACCAAGGAGCUUCAGAAACAAGUCAAUGAGCUAAUGGAUAAGGGACAUAUCAGGGAGAGUUUGAGUCCUUGUGCUGUACCUGUCCUCUUGGGCAUACAGGUUGAUGAGGAAAAAGUGAAGGCUAUCAGGGAGUGGCGGAUUCCUAAAUCUAUUGGAGAGGUCAGAAGUUUUCAUGGACUUGCUGGCUUUUACAAGAGGUUUGUGAGAGAUUUCAGUACAGUUGCAGCACCACUGACUGAAGUAAUCAAAAAGAGUGUAGGUUUCACUUGGGGACCAACCCAAGAAGAUGCAUUUCAAAUGCUAAAAGAGAAGUUAACAAGUGCUCCCUUACUUGCACUUCCUGACUUUUCUAAAACUUUUGAAAUUGAAUGUGAUGCAUCUGGUAUUGGAAUUGGAGCUGUGUUGAUGCAGGAUAAGAAACCCAUAGCUUACUUCAGUGAGAAACUAGGAGGCGCCACCUUGAACUAUCCUACCUAUGACAAGGAGCUGUAUGCCUUGGUGAGAGCUUUACAAGUGUGGCAACAUUACUUGUGGCCUAAGGAGUUUGUGAUCCAUACAGAUCAUGAAUCCCUUAAACAUCUCAAAGGGCAACAGAAGCUGAACAAGAGACAUGCCAGGUGGGUGGAGUUCUUUGAGACCUUUCCUUAUGUCAUCCACUACAAGAAAGGUAAGGAGAAUGUAGUGGCUGAUGCACUCUCCAGAAGGUAUACUCUUUUAUCUUCAAUGGAAACUAAACUCUUAGGCUUUGAACAUAUCAAAUCUUGCUAUGCUAAUGAUCCUGAGUUUAAAGAUGUGUUUACUGAAUCUGAGAAACAUGCUAGUGGAAAAUUCUACCAAGUAAAAGGAUUUCUUUUCUAUGAUAACCGCCUGUGUGUUCCUAGUGGCUCUUUGAGAGAAUUGUAUGUUAGGGAAGCUCACGCAGGAGGGCUGAUGGGACACUUUGGAGUCGCCAAAACACUCUCCACCUUGCAGGAGCACUUCUACUGGCCGAGUAUGAAGAAAGAAGUGGAGCGUGUGUGCUCAAGGUGUGUCGUGUGCAAACAAGCCAAGUCUAAGGUCCAACCAACAGGUUUGUAUACACCUCUCCCUAUUCCUACUGCACCAUGGAUUGAUAUCUCUAUGGGCUUUGUCUUAGGAUUUCCUAGGACUAGGAAAGGAAGAGAUAGUAUCUUUGUGGUCAGGAAGAACAUUGAGGAGAGAACCAAGAUGUAUGAGAGGCAGAAGAACAAGGGGCGCAAGGAGCUAGUACUUGAACCGGGUGAUCUUGUGUGGAUUCACAUGAGAAAAGAGAGGUUUCCUGUUGAGAGGAAAUCAAAGUUGCUACCAAGGAAAGAUGGACCAUUCAGAGUGCUGAAGAGAAUCAACAACAAUGCCUACCAGAUCGAUCUUGAAGGGAAAUACACAAUCAGUUCUACUUUCAAUAUAGGGCAAGAGCUAUGGAGAAUGCCUAUCAAGAGUUAUGAAGUAUCUGAAGGUGUAGAGAAGUGA